AUGGCUCCCCUCCAUAGUGGUGGUGGUGGUGUCUCCGGAUUUGCAGCAGCAGCAAAAGUUCUAUUUGACUCCGCAAAGAAAGUUGGAGCUGUAGAACCAAUUGGGGUAACAAGUAAACUGUAUGCUCAGCAGCUGAAGAAAAUACAAUCACAAAGCCGAAAAAAAGGUGGUUCUUUGGGAAGUGUUUCAUAUAAAGUUGCUGAAUUUUUAUCUACUCAAAGAACGCCCAAGGUAAACACUAUAAGAAAUCCCACUAGUAUCGCUAAACGUGUCCCUUUGAUUGAUAUCCCAUUACAACAACCAAAGAAGAAAGAGUUAUCUGCAGAAGAGAAACCACAGGUGAAAAAGGUACCAACUUUGGAUUUUAUUUACAAGAAAGGAGGAGAUCAGGACGUAAAGUUGGGUGCAAUAAAGAAAGAGACACCAUUAAAACAGACUAAAACUUCAAAUGUUGAAUCUUUAUUGUCUAACCAAGCAGUUCCUUCAUUAGAUUUCGUUACGGAUCCCAAAAAGACUACGUCUUUACAAACUCCUUCAAAACCUGUCGUAUCAUUAGUUAAAGAAGAGAAAAAAGAAUUUUCUCUAAAUGAAACUACUACACCCCUUGAGGUUACAAAUGUUACUAUAUCUGAGGAUAAACCUCUUUUUGAAACAACUGUUUCGGUUGAACCAAUAAAAAGUCAUACAAUGGAUCAUACUGUAACAGCUUUAUUUGAAAAACCAGAAUCUAAACCACAAAGACCUGUAAAACCUUCUAUCACAGUUCCAAUUUCUUCAGAAAUAACUUCUUCAACUACUCCUAGUGCUGCUGCUCCUAUAAAGGAUGAAACUAUAUCUGUAGAUGUAUGGGAAUUACAACGUGAACGAGAAAUAGAACAAUUACGGAAGAGUCAGGAAAAUGCAGAAAAAGAGAGACUAGCUUUACAACUUGAAGAAGAGCAUAAAACUCUUGGAGAUGAAUGGGUUAAACGCAGAACAUUAAUCACUCCAAUACGUGAAAAGGAUGAAAAAACAAUUAUAUUGGAAAAAAUGUACCGUUCAACGCAAUGGGAAACAUGUUUUGAAUAUUUUAAUCAAUUGGUAUCUAGCCAAACACCAUCCACUGUGGUUUCCCAGCAAGCAGUUCGAAUAAUGGAAAAACGUCUUAAAUCUGUUCCAUUAGAACAUCGAGAAACUGUCAAGAAUGCUUUGUUAAAGGAACUAAAAGGGAGAAGGUUAAAUUCUGAAUUAGCUAAGUUUGAGCUGCGCCAUGAGAAUGGAGAAACAUUUCUUAAAAAUUUUCGUUUAGCUUCAGAUACUGUAAAAGAAUCACUAGAGAUUUUUACAGUCUCAAAGGCUGUAAACGCAUUGGUGUAUAAUGGUACUUGGGAAGAAGCAAUAGAACUUGUUGAGCAUUCCAAACAACGUUUCAAUGAUAAAAAUGGUUAUCUUGAAUUAAAACUAUUAAAAGUAUCUCGAGGUUUGGAUGAAGAAACAAUAAAAGCGAUAACAGCUUAUGUUUUAAAAUCUCUUACAGCAUCUGAUCGACUUGGAAAAUCACAUAAAUUAGAAAUUGCAAGACUUGAAAAAGGACCUCGUAGACGACAAAUGAUUUCACAAUUAGUUAGUUCUAGUGAUGUAGAUGAAGUAGUAUACGCAGAGUUAUUGCGAAUUACUCCAAAAGAACAUGUUAAGGAUGUUCUUGAUGAUAUUCGUAAACGGGGAUUAAAUGUUGAAGAUCCUGCCAUUCUUACGGAACUAUGUUGGAAAUCAUUUGAUCCAGAACACCCUCAAUUACUAUUUAAAGAAGUAGAAAGACAAGAAGAAAUGAUAGGACUUCGUGGUGCCCAUUUAUUAGCAGCUGUAGCUAUUUCAAGAGCUUCGAAAACAGAAGAUACUUUGCGUUCUACCGUACAUCUUUUAAAAAAGGGUCCUAUUUUUAAGGCCAAAUUUAUUUUAAGGAAAAUGUUACCUUUACUACAUGAAAAAAAUAUGACGAAAGAAAUUGUUGAACUUGCAGACUUUUAUUCUCCAUAUGUUCCCUUAGCAACAGCUCUUCCAAAUGCUGUGGCUUUUAUUAAUCAUGCUUUUAAAGCCGUGGGAAGAGAGCCGUUAUCGGAUCAGUUAGUAAGUUCAUUACCAAAGCGUGAAUCUACAUCUUCAGAACGUUUAGAUUCAGAUGAUUCUAAUGUGAGAACGACUUCAGAUGUUGUCGCCUCUUCUGAAGAGUUGCUUCAGUGUGCAAAGGAGAAGAAUUGGGAAAAGGCACUCACUUUAAUUAAUACUAUACCUUCUGGAGGUCAAAAGGGAUAUGAUGCUGAAACGUUAACUCUUAUGUACAAUUGUGCUCUUAGUGCCUCGGUAGAAAAAGUAGAUGUUGUUAAAUCUUUGUAUAGUAAGAUGAAAGAAAACGGGGUACAAAUUAAUGCAACGACCAACAAUGCAGUAUUGAGUAGUCUUAUGCGAUCUCCAGAGUGGGAAGAGGCAGUUGAAUUUUAUAAAGAAAUUGAUCCCUCUUUAAGAGAUCAUAACACUUAUUCGGUGAUGUUAUCAUUAUUUGGAAGAACAGAUAGAUGGGAAGAGGCACUUGAAGUGGUUAAAACGGCACAGGCUGGUUCAACAAAGACUCCAAUCAUUAUCUACACUUUAGGUAUUAACGCCGUACAUAAUCAUAGCUGGAGCUCUACCCUGGAAUUAUUUCAGAUGUGCCGAAAAGAGCAUGGAAUUCAGAAUAUCAAAGAAAAUGUAAUUGAUAAGGUUAUUCGCUCCUUAUCACAAAAUAAACGUACCGUUGAGUUGCAGAAACUAGAAAUGGAAUUGGCAAAAACGAAAAAAAAGAAAAAACAAUAG